AUGGAUAUUGACUAUGCUAUAAGGAAGGAUGAGCCACCGGCUAUUACUGAAACUAGCGAACCUGAUGCUAUUGAUCUUUAUGAAAAGUGGGAGAGAUCUAAUCGUCUCUCCAUUAUGUUCAUAAAAACCAACAUAUCCGCUAGUAUCCGGGGUUCAGUUGACCAGCAUGAUAAGGUCAGAGAUCUGUUGAAAGCCAUUGAUGAACAGUUUACAACCUCUAAGAAGUCACUUGCUAGCACACUCAUUAUGCAAUUCUCUUCCAUUAAGCUUACUGGAACGAGGGGUGUGCGUGAACAUAUCAUGCGCUUAAGGGACAUAGUGGCUCAAUUGAAAACCCUGGAAGUUACCAUGUCUGAAUCCUUCCUGGUGAUAUGCUUCUUGAAAGGUUUAGGAGAAGUUUAUGGUAUUGUGAAACCAAAUAUUUUGAUGAUGGAUCCUCUCCCAUCCAUCAACAAGGCUUAUGCCUUAGUCUUGCAACAAGAAGGACAACUGCAAAGAAAUGGAACUAAUGACUCAAAGUUUUUUUUUACCUCCUCAAAUCAGCAGAAUAAUCUAGGGAAUUGGAGGCCACAAAGGAGAGGGGGUAGCAGCUUUGGUAGAGGAAGAGGUAAUGGAAUCUUGGGUAGAGGGGAUGGAAAUGCUGGAAGAGGAAGAGAACACAACUAUACAAGCAAACAGUGCACAUAUUGCAAUAAAUUUGGCCACAUAGUUAACCAAUGCUACUCAAAGCAUGGUUUUCCUUUGGGUUUCAAACCAAGAAACAACUAUGCAAUUAACAAUUUUGUGGCACCCGAGGGAGAACAAAGUCAGUCUGAAAUUGAUAAUUCUCUUCAAGGUUCACAAGGUGGAACCGUCACCUCUUCAGGAGUUCAGUUCAAACCUGAACAACUACAGCAGCUGCUCACUAUGUUGCAGCAGUCUUCCACUAAAUCAACUCACUUAGUAAGUCAGAUCAGUUCAGGGAAUGUUGAUGAAUCUUCCUCACAACAAUAA